AUGUCACGUUCUAUCUUCAUGUUCGCUUCGCUAGCUGCUACUGUGGCUGCCGAAACUACGACCAUCGGCACGGCGACUGCAGAGGACUACUGGCAAGGAGAUGCGUCGCAAGAUGUUCAGCUGAUUUUCUCCUUUAACUUGGGCAUUCUCUUUGUGCGAUCCGCAGAAACGAUCUUUGACGAUCCACACGCUGGAGACAACCGACGAUUGAAGAAACUGGAGCUUUACCCCUUGCUGGCCUAG